AUCAAAGCGACAGGCCCGGAAGGAAGUAGCGUGUGGAGGGCGUGGCGGUUUCUACGGUUGCACGGGGGUUCGGACGAGUACGGAGCGCCUGGAGGGACAGCCUGGAUAAAGGUUCGCUGAUGGCUCAGUUGGGAGCAGUUGUGGCUGUGGCUACCAGUUUCUUUUGUGCAUCUCUCUUCUCAGCUGUGCACAAGAUAGAAGAGGGACAUAUUGGGGUGUAUUACAGGGGCGGAGCCCUCCUGACUUCCACCAGCGGCCCGGGUUUCCAUCUCAUGCUACCUUUCAUCACAUCAUAUAAGUCUGUGCAGACCACACUGCAGACAGAUGAGGUGAAGAACGUGCCUUGCGGGACUAGUGGUGGUGUGAUGAUCUACUUUGACCGAAUUGAAGUGGUGAACUUCUUGGUCCCGAACGCAGUGUAUGACAUCGUGAAGAACUACACUGCCGACUACGACAAGGCCCUCAUCUUCAACAAGAUCCACCACGAGCUGAACCAGUUCUGCAGUGUGCAUACACUUCAGGAGGUCUACAUCGAACUCUUUGAUCAGAUUGACGAAAACCUCAAGCUGGCUUUACAACAGGACCUGACCUCCAUGGCCCCCGGGCUUGUCAUCCAAGCUGUGCGGGUGACCAAGCCCAAUAUACCUGAGGCGAUCCGCAGAAACUACGAGUUGAUGGAAAGCGAGAAGACGAAGCUUCUCAUUGCAGCCCAGAAACAGAAGGUGGUGGAGAAGGAAGCUGAGACGGAGCGGAAGAAGGCCCUCAUUGAGGCAGAAAAAGUGGCUCAGGUCGCAGAAAUCACCUAUGGGCAGAAGGUGAUGGAGAAGGAGACAGAGAAGAAGAUUUCAGAAAUUGAAGAUGCUGCGUUUCUGGCCCGGGAGAAGGCAAAGGCUGAUGCGGAGUGCUACACUGCUAUGAAGCUUGCCGAAGCCAACAAGCUGAAGCUGACGCCUGAGUAUCUGCAGCUGAUGAAGUACAAAGCCAUUGCUUCCAACAGCAAGAUUUACUUUGGCAAAGACAUCCCGAACAUGUUCGUGGACUCUGCGGGCAAUCUGGGCAAGCAGUUCGAGGGGCUAGCUGACAAGCUGAGUUUCGAUGAUGAGCCCUUGGACGUAGACCCUGAGGAGAAUUGAAAGUUUUUUGUAUACAACCUCGGAUGACACUUAAAAGAGAUCUUUAUUUUUGAAUGAUGAACCGGGAUGCUCCUCCCUCCCACACUACCUGCUUUGACUCUCUUCUACAUUCUGUGAUGAAAAAAGAAGAAAUGGAUUUAAAUCUAUUCCCCUUCCUGGGAAGGGAGGGCAGGGUUUGCUGAUUUGGGGUCUUAUUCAGGUAAGCGGUUUAGAUGACUUCUGUUAAGGUGGGCAAACCAUGGGUUUGACCUUUGACCUCCAGACUCUAAUUUUAGCCCUUUGAAGCUGGCUUAAGUAGGGAUUCAAUCAUUACAGAGCGGGAGAAAUAGAGGGUGUUGCCUCCAGGUGAUUUGCUUUCCCCGAUUUGGGAAAACGCGGUCCAAUUUUCUCACCUCUGCCUCCAAGGCGGGAGAUGCCUGUAGGUGAGGCUCAGCAACUGAGCAACUGUGUGCUUGUGAGUCUGCCCGCAGAGCUGCGGGGGAACAGCUGCAGAGAACGUUUGGCUUUGCUGGUAUUUUUGUCGGCAUAUGUGAGUCAUUUUAGAGGCACGCUUUCUCGAGCCCUCACAAGGAAGGACUGGUGCUAGGUUUUGCAAGCUCUUCUCUCCUACCCUCCUUGCCCCAGGGCUUAGAGAGCAGUGGUUUCUGACUACAUUCCAGAGUCAGGGUUUGGGCACCACCCCACAAUUCUUUUUAAAACUUUUCACCUGUUCUGUGAUUUGUUUUUGGUUUUUUUCUCUCUCAAAUCUGUCCGUUGAUUCCACUCAGCAUUAGGAAGAUAGGAACAAACAACCCAAGUGUCUUGCUAGCCGCUGAAGGGGGAUCGUUCCGUCUCUCGGCCACCAUGGUCCCUGCUUGGCAGACGACGUAUGUUC